AUGGAAAAACUCAUUCGUCACUUCAAUAACAGCUCAUCCGAUGGUCCAUCUUUAACCAAACGGAUAACAAAUGGUUUGUCCAACUCUCCCACCGGAUGUUUUGGAGUUCGUCUAGAUGAACUAUGUGCCCGCGAUAAUACAAAUGUGCCUCUUGUCAUGAUACAAAUGUGUGCCUUUCUUCGAGCUGUCUGUGGUCUUCAUACCAAAGGAGUAUUCCGUGUAAAUGGCAACUCAAGGGUUAUCGAAAGUCUUCGAAAGGCGGCAGACUUAUCCACCUCAAAUGAAGAUGGUGAUUCUUUUCUUUCGCACCUGGAAAGAUACGGAAAUAUUCAUUCUGUUGCCAGUCUCAUCAAGCUCUUUCUUCGAGAACUGCCCUUUGGACUAGUUCCACCUGCACAUACCAAAGAUCUUCUUGAGAAUUACAAUCCCAAUACUGACAACUCUUUGGCCACAAUUGAUCGUGUUGUCCGAUCGCUUCCACCACCGAACUAUCGGCUUUUGGAAUAUCUCUGCUGCUUUCUACGACAGGUGACUCAGUAUCACAGCCAUAAUCAAAUGGACAGUAAAUCGAUUGGAAUCGUAUUUGGUCCCAACGUCUUUCGAUGUCCCCGGGAGACGGAGAGUCUUUCAAGCCAGAAUGUUAUUAACGAAAUUAUGAGUAUUCUUGUGGAGAAAUCAGACGUUUUCUUUACGCGGACAAAUACUCUUGAGGUACCCUCGGCACCGUUAUUACCCAAGAAACACAGUGAAGGCAGUCUGAGUCUGAGUCCCACAAGCACACCAGAAGAGACAGAAUCUGGAAUAGACGUCCAUCAUCGAUCACCUGAAUGCCAUAAUUCAUCAGGGCAUCAACAUGGUGAUACCUUACACCCUCUCUUCUACUUGGAGCCUAAUCAUUCAAGGAAUACAUUCUUUCAAGAUGAGUAA